AUGCUGCGCCAUACCACCAAGUUCCAACAAGCAACACCACCAACCAUACUUUCCUCCGGAUCUGGCAGUUUGCUCGUACGUUAUUCCGGGUAUAUAGCCUGCCGCGAGCACUCACCACGCCUCCUAUCUAUACGCUGCUUUGCUUCUGCGUUCGCGCACGGCCACCAAGGCGCUCGCGUGGCAACUUCUCGCGCUUCCUGGUGUACGCUCUUCAUGCCCCGGGUACUCAGCGUGCAGUCGCACGUGGUGCACGGCUAUGUGGGUCAGAAAGCAGCUACGUUUCCUCUACAAUUGCUCGGCUGGGACGUGGAUCCUGUCAACACGGUGCACUUUGCGAACCACACGGGAUAUCGCCACAAAGCCGGGGAGAGUCUCACCGCCGAGCAGCUGCGACGAAUCGUUUGGAACGGCCUCCUACCGAAUGGGCUUUUAAAAAGCGUAACGCACCUGUUAACAGGGUAUAUUAGGUCUCGCGAGCUCCUGGAGGUCGUUCGCGAGCUUAUUGACCUUCUUAACUCGGAGAGAGCCGGUCAGGAGCCGGUUUGGUACCUCUGCGAUCCGGUUCUAGGCGACAACGGACGGCUCUACGUGCCUCCCGAAAUGGUCGAGGCCUAUCGAGAUAUUCUAAUUCCAAGGGCGCACUUAAUUAUUCCGAACGCGUACGAGCUUCAACUUCUCGUACCGCAUGAGACCGACAUCGAACGUGCCUGCCAUUGGCUGCAUACGCAUUACCAGGUGCCUGUCAUUGUGGUCACCGGUGCAGAGGCAGACGAGCACCAACGUCCCUGCGUGUACCUCUCGGAAGCGCUUCGGAAACAAAGCAAGUGGUUCCAGCUUCCGUCACGGUUGCCCGGAUCAUUCACCGGCACCGGCGAUCUGUCUGCAGCGCUUCUGCUAGCGUGGAGCGCUCGGGUACCAAAUCUCCAACAAGCUGUGGAAUACGCGUUCUCAACAGUGUACCAUGUGCUGCGGCGAACCCUGGAUGAGGGAGAGAUUGUUGAAGCAGGGGUCCCACCGGAACUCGCACUGAUCCAAUCAGCGAAGGACAUUUUGGAACCCAAACUGGUGUGUCAAGUCUCAGACAUGAGACCGGAACCGGACCGGGAAUCGAAUGAUUGCGAGCAAUCCCUCACGUGA